AUGCCCCUCACGCCGCAGCAAAUCGUCACCCGCACCGAAGAGGACCCCAGUGGCAUAGAGCGCAUCGCCACGCGAAAGCUUUCAAAUAGUAUACUGGAAAUCGUGGAGCCGGAUCCCACCUGGCCGCAGCAGUUUGAACGGCUCAAGGCGCGCAUCGUGGAUGCCCUUGGCGACACUGCACUUGCGAUUGCACACACCGGUUCCACCAGCGUCCCCGGACUGCCUGCCAAGAACAUCAUCGACAUUGAUCUGACGGUGAGGGACAUUGGCGAUGAAGAUUCGUACGUGCCGCAGCUCGAGUCCGCGGGGUUCACAUUCCUGCUCCGCGAGAGGCCGUGGCACGAGCACAGGCUGUUCGGGAUGGGAUGGGACCCGACGCCGGUGAAUCUGCACGUCUUUGGGCCGGAUUGCCCGGAGGUCGAGAGGCAUAGGAUCUUUCGGGAGUGGUUGACGGAGAAUGCGGGCGACAGGGAGAGGUAUGCUGAGAUCAAGAGGGUGUCGGCCAGGGAGUCGAGCGACAAGGGGGAGUCGAUGAUGGAGUAUAACGCGAGGAAGGAGAAGGUGCUGCGGGAGAUUUUGGACAAUGCAUUUAGGGCGCUAGGAUAUAUAGAGUGA